CAAGAAAGAGCCCCAGUUGGAAAUAAUCGAGCUUCUCCAGCUGGACCUAAUAAUGAUACCUCCGAGCCAAUUGUCCCUGAGCAAGUUGUCCCUGAACCAGUAGUCCCUGAGCAAAUUGUCCCUGAACCAAUUGUUCCUGAGCCAAUUUCCUCUGAACAAGAACCGCCAAAGAAUGAAAAGAAGAAACAGCCAAAAAAAGCUAGUUUUUUCGGCAGUUUAUUUACAGUUAAAAGGCUUUUUAUCUAUUAUAUUCUCGCUGUAUUUUUCUGGUGUAAUGGCAAAACUCGUGAGCAAUGCAAUUCAUAUGAGGAAUUAUUAUGUUUUAACGGGAUGUCACAGUAUAUUUUAAAUCAUGAUUUUUUUAACAAAUUUAUCGUACCAAAAAUCAUUCUGAUUCAACAAAAUGUUGAGAUCUAUGGCAAACAUACUUUGGAUACCGCUACUGUUAAUUAUGAAACCCAUGCUAAACCUUACGUCAACCCUGUCCUCGAGUCAGCACAUCCUCAUUUACAAUUUGCGAGAGAAUUAUCUGUCGAAUAUGUGUAUGUUCCUGUUGUAAAAGGAUUAGCUAAAACACGCGAGUUUUAUAAUCAAAACGUUAAAGAUCAUGUGAACAAAUUUUAUCAUCAAGGGGUAAAAUUUGGUGCUCCAUAUGUCAGUCAAGUUCAAGAUCAUACAUCCUAUGUUUAUGAACAAGCUUUGAAGUACAACGAAAAUAAUGUUCAACCUUUUUACAAUAAAAAGAUCCUUCCUUUCGUGAUUGAUGCUAAAGACAGACUUCUUGUAUUUUAUGACAACAAAGUUGUACCCUUUACUUAUCAUACAUUGGAGGUUAUUGAAGAAUUUUAUCACGAAAAAAUGGUUCCUUUAUAUCAUACUUAUAUCUCACCUUAUACCUCAUCAAUUUUGAAGUUGAUCCAAAGUGAAGAUAAAUCCAAGGUUGUAACUGAGAAGGAAUCCAAAGAAGCUGCUAAUAAAAAAGCAAAAAUUGAAGUUGAAAGGAAAGCUAAAGAAGAAGCUGAUAAAAGAGCAACGGUUGAAGCCGAAAAGAAAGCUAAAGAAGAAGCUGAUAAAAAAGCAAAGGUUGAAGCCGAAAAGAAAGCUAAAGAAGAAGCUGAUAAAAAAGCAAAGGUUGAAGCCGAAAAGAAAGCUAAAGAAGAAGCUGAUAAAAAAGCAAAGGUUGAAGCCGAAAGGAAAGUUAAAGAAGAAGCUGAUAAAAAAGCAAAUGCUGAAGCAGAAAGGAAAGCAAAAGAAGAAGCCGAUAAAAAAGCAAAGAUUGAAUCAGAAAGGAAAGAAGCAGCCGACAAGAAGGCUCAAGCGGAAGCAGCCGAGAAAACAACCAUCGAAGCUGUUCGCGAUGCAUUUUAUAGAGAAUAUGAUAUUGCUGAGAAAAAUCUUACUCAGACUCUUGAUAAUUACGAAAAAGAGGCUACUUCCGUCUCACGAGAACUUCUGAAGGAGGUUGAAGAUAGAAUCUUGACUUUAAAUAAAACUGGAUCUGAACGUCUUGUCGAACUUAAAAUAUUCGCAGAAGAAAUUAAGCAGGAAAAUACAGAUGAUGGUAAAACUAGCAAGUUUAAGGAAAUGAGGGAAUUAGCAAAAAAAUCAAUAAAGAUGAUUAAAGAAAGCGGUAAUGAAUUUAUCGAUAUAUCAAAAAAUUCGAUUAAUGAUUUGGAAGAAAUAAAAUUUAAUGCUUUGAAAAAAGAUGCAGAUUUAAAGAUGAUUUCUAGGGUUUUUCAUAGCAGAGAGCAUAUUAACGAACUGGCUCGUGAAAUACAAGCAGAUGAAAGUUUUAUUACUGAUAUCAAUAUAGCAUUUAAUAGUCUUAUGACGGAGUUUAAUGAAAAUAAGAAUGAAGCCUCAUUAAGAGUUCGGGAAAUUUUUGGUAAAAUUCAUAAUAAGAUAAAUCUAUUGAAGAUUACAAAGGAUGCUUUUAUUAAAAACAUUAAAGAUUUCGUUAAAAUGGAAAAAGAAAAUAUAAAUAAUGAUGCUAACGAAGUAACAGCCAAAACGGAAGAAAAGGAUAAUAAAAAAGGUUCAGAUGUAGAAUCAGAAUCCAAGAUAACCGUUCAAAAUGUCAAUAAGAACGAUGAUCAGAUACCGGUUCAAGUAGAGGAAAAGCCUUCAGUUGAAGAAAAGUCUUCAAAUAUUCCUCCGAUUACAAUUCAGACAUCGAGCGAUCCCAUUUUAGAAAAACUCAAGGCUCGACGGGAUCCAGUGUUAUUUAAAUUAAAAGAGGAAUAUAAAUUGAAACAAACGAAUAAAGGUAAUGAACCAGUUCAAUCUUUAGGUAGUCGAACUUUCAUACUAUCACGGAUAUAUUAUAAUAAUGCUCGUAGAAGUUUUCACCGAGACACUACUAAUAAUCAACCACCAUCCGGUUUAUUAACCUUGCCUACGACCGAAUCGAUAUCGAAUUCUACUAAUUCACUUCCUAUAAAAUCAUUGAUCCGAUCAUCAAUUAUCAAAAGAUAUGUUGCUUCGCUAGGGAAAACACAAGGGAGAUUGGUUAUACUUGGGUAUAAAUUGAUCCAAGAUCUAGAUACUGAACAUUUCGAAACUAUUGUUGUGUCUCCAAGGAACUAUUUCGUCUUCACCCCAUUACUUGCAUCAUCAUCUGUGGGCACUUUAGAGUUCAGGUGUAUAAUGGAACCUAUUAGGAAAUAUUCUCCUAAAAUCCAAUAUUACCAGGCUUAUGCGGAUACCAUAGACCUUAAGGAAAAAAUAAUUCAUUGUACUUCUAACCUUGAACGCAAUAAAGACAAGUUCUCUAUUAAUUAUGACACUUUGGUUAUAGCUGUCGGUGCAAAUUCUAAUACCUUUGGUAUUAAAGGAGUUGGAGAAAAUGCAUUAUUCUUAAAGGAUGUUUCUGAUGCUCGCAGAAUACGUCAAAGAGUGAUUGAAUGUUUUGAACAUGCAAGUCAACCAAAUGUCACAGAUCAAGAAGCGCUUGGAUUGCUGCACUUUGCUGUCGUUGGUGGAGGUCCAACUGGUAUUGAAUUCAGCGCUGAACUCCACGAUUUUAUUACAGAAGACAUGGCUCAUUUAUAUCCGGAUUUGAUGAAUUCAGUCACAAUGACUAUAUAUGAUGUAGCACCUCAGAUUCUUGGUUCCUUUGAUAAAUCUCUCAGAGAAUUUGCUACUAAAAAGUUUACAAGAAAAGGAAUCAAGAUCAGAACAGGACGUAGAGUCCAAGAAGUAAAUGAACGUGUAAUCGUCAUUGAAGGAGAUGGAGAAAUACCCUACGGCAUGUUAGUUUGGGCAACUGGAUUAACUGAUAAUCCACUAACACGAUCUAUGGGCGAUCAAGUUAUGAAAGAUCAGUCAGCAAAAAGACUCUUGACCGAUAAUCUCCUAAGAGUUUUAAAUAAGGAAACAGGUCAACCUAUAGAUAAUGUUUACGCUUUAGGUGAUUGCGCGACAAUCAAAGAUAAUGAUCUCCCUACUACAGCUCAAGUUGCUAAUCAAAAGGCCGUAUAUUUGAGAAAAUCUCUGUCAAAAAUCGCUAAUAGUGGUUUAAUGAUAGAUAUAAAACCUUUUAAAUUCUUUAAUCUCGGGAGUAUGGCAUAUAUUGGAAAGAAAGAAGCUGUCGUUGAUAUGACACCUGUAAGUAAUAAGGCUAAGGAAAGUGGCACAUUAGCAUGGAUAUUUUGGAGAUCUGCAUACUUUACCAUGACGGUAUCGUUGCGAAAUAAGAUGUUAAUCCCGAUGUAUUGGCUAUUAACAUGGAUGUUUGGAAGGGAUAUUAGUAGAUUUUAA